UGUUGGCAUUCGCACGGCACGAAUCGUACAGUACAUUUACAUUGCAAAAAAGCAUAAAACAAAGUUUUAAAACAAUUAAAAGCGAGCAAUCCUCGGCGUAUUAUUAAAGAAGCAGCCCAGCGUUCGCCCCGUAAUCGCAGCAGAACGAGCAGCCCUGCGUUUUAACGGAAUAGCAGCGCCAAAAAAGAGGGUCGACGGCAGAGGGGCGCAGAGAGAAAAUGUCACGCAAAGCAGCAGCAGUGGAAGUGGAAAAAGAGUGAAGAAACGAGCAGAAUUUCCGUUCGAUCCUCGCAGUGCGCGGGAGCAGUGCGUCCACGUCCAGCCGGGGCAAGGAUACCCUCGUCCCGAUCCCGAUGCGGCACGGCCGAGUGAGUGUGGCGAAAGUAACCGAUGGGCAGCAGCCAAGAGCAGCGAAAGUAGGAGACGACGACAACAACAACGGAGCCCUGCGUCUGCAGUCCUGAAAAAAAAAAACGCACGGGCACACAAUAACAAAUGCCGCCGAUCCUGGCCAGGAUUGCUGACAAACUGACGCUUGGAUGUCGUCGGUAAUUGGGUGCGCCAUCCUCCGUCGGGAAUCCCCUAGCAAUCCGCUGGCACCAUGCAAAGCCUGGACUCCUCAUGCCAAGAAGCCGACUUUAUCAUAAAUGACACGCUCAAGAAGUUAAAGGGCUCCAGCACCGCGGACCAUGUCCAGGGACUAGCGGUCCUCGCCCACGGAUCGGGCGUCCACCAGACGCAAUUUGUCCAGUACCAGGCCGCGUCCUCGCCGCAACUGCAGCCCCAGCAGACGUACCACCAGCAGCUGCAUCCUGUCCUCCAACAGCAGCAGCAGCAGCAGUUCGCCUCGUCGAGCAGCAAGUCGUAUUUGGAGACCAGCCUGCUGCAGGCCAUACCCCAGAUUCCUGCCCAGCCGCCCAUCUGCAUCUUCGAUGACGACGAGUCCCCCACCGAGGGCACUGGCGGCUCGCUGGGCGGCCUGCUCACGGAGCCCACCUCGGCCACGCCCAGUGGCCUGCCCACGGCCAUCGCUCCGUCGCCCUCCUCGUGCUCAUCCUCCACCACGACGCUGUCGAACUUCAACUCCAUCACGUCGCCCUCGCCGGUGGUGCCCGAUCUGCUGCUCUCCACUCCGCCGGGCGUCAACUCCAGUCUAAGCAAUAGCUCGACGGGAGCGGCCAGUGUGUCGUCCAGCAAGAAGUCCGAGAAGCGGCCACCAUCCGCCAACUCAACGGCCAGUGGCGGCGGCGGCAGCGGCGGUGGUGGCCACCACCUGCACCAUCAUCACCUCCACCAGACGCACAAUCACCAUGUCCUGGCCUCGCCCACGUCGUCGCCCAACAAGCGCCAGAAGUCGAACAACAACAACAGCAGUAGCAAGGAGUGCAGCUCCUCUAGUCGCAGCUCAGCUUUACCCGCCUCCAACAACAGCAACAGCAAGCCGCCCUCCUCCUCCUCGUCCUCCUCCGUCUGCCAGUCGGGCACCAGCAAGUUCUUCAAUCUGCACGAGAAAAUCAAGGAUCUGUAUCUACAACUGCUGAGCAACGACCUCAACUACUUUGCCGAGACAGGGCUAAAGCAACGCACCCGCUCCUUCACGCUGGAGCGGCUGGUGGAGCGAGAGAAGCUCAACACGAUUGUGGUCAACCUGUAUCCCGGCAACAAGGGAUACUCGCUGGCCCUGCACUAUGACGAGCACCUGCUGCUGAACCCGCAAACGAACGAAUGGUCCGCCACCGACAAAGACGAUGCCACAGGCGAGGCUGCGGGAUUGGGAGCAGGACCUGGGAAUCAUCGGAACCGCCCCAAACCCACAAUGGACGAGAGCCACUCGGCCAAGACGGAGACGGGACAGGCCAAACACGACUUUGGGCUGGUGGAGGUGCUCCGGUGGCCCUACGAAAACGAUCUGCUGCUGCAGUGCAUCGAUCGGGAGAUGCUGCCGGAGUUUCUGAUGGAUCUGCUCGGAGCCGAGACGGUCAGUUUGUCGGACGGAGAGGGAACACGGGUGUACGCCAAGCCGAGCGUCUUCUACGCGGGCUGCGUGAUCGCCCAGAUCCGCGACUUCCGCCAGACAUUUGCCACCUCAACGAAUAUCUGUGAUAUGAAGCACAUCCUGCUCAGGCCCACGAACGCCACCCUUUUCGCGGAAGUGCAGCAAAUGGGCGGCCAGCUGCCGGCCGAGGACAAGCUCGCCCUGGAGAGCCAGCUGGUGUUGGCCACGGCGGAGCCGCUGUGCCUGGAGCCGGAUCCCAGCAUAGGGAGGCAGGCCAUCAAUGCCCAGCACCAGCGCCAGCUCUUCAACUCCCACGAGCUGCGGCGCCAGAUGAAGAAGUUCACCCAGACGGCCAUCAAUCGCAAGCGCAAGCUGGACCAGUUCACCCACCAUCAUGGCCUGGAAUUGUGCGAUUAUUUGGCCCGCCUGCGCCAGCGACCGCGGACGGGGAGCAGCAGUGGCGGCGGCAACGCCACACCGGCCACGGCGCCCACCAACAAUCCGCUGGUGGGGGCCAUGCUCUCGUCGUUCACCUCCAAGGUGCCGCGGCGACCGCACGAGGUCAUCCGGCCCAUUCGUCCGCCCACCCUGGAGUAUCCCGCCAACCUGAAGGUGCCCGAGCACGUGAUCGGGGUGGAGAAGUAUGCCAAGGCCUUCGAGCCUCUCAACGAGUUCAGCGAGGCCUGCAAGGAGGGCUGCCAGCCCAACUGCCGGCACAACUUCCAGCCGCAGCUCAUCGAGGAGUACGUGCUGGAGACGGAGCGCGAGGCGAGCGAAGGUCGGCGGGCGCUGUACCACAUCAAGCUGUCCAUCUUCCAGCGCCCCUCCGACGCAGAGUACCUUGGCGAGCUGUACGUGGACCGCGAUUACCGCGAGGGCGAGCGCAACGGCGAGUCGUGCCGCUUUGCGCUGGGCACUCGGGUGCAUGCCAAUCGAUACAUUCAGCAGUUCCGCGAGAUCUUCACCGAGGAGGGGCGUAAGGCGGUCAAAAUCACGCAUUUGAUACCCGGGCAUGUGCCGAUCGUCACCCACACGGGAUUGACGAACGAGCAGCGGAUUCUGUUGCAGCAACAGCAGCAGCAGCAACAACAGCAGCAGCGGCAGGAGAGACAACAGCAAACGCAGCAGAUUAUUGGAAUGGGUCAACAGCAACAGUCUACUCUCGAGACCCAGUUGCAACAGCAGCAGCAACAGCAGCAGCCAAAUCCGAAUCAAAAGUUGCCACAACAACCGCAGCAACAGCAACAGCAGCCACAACAACAAGCGCAACAGCAGCUAUCCGCUACAGUGCAUCAUGUUGCGCUGCCGCGACAACAAAUAACUCAAAAGACUCUCAAUUUGGCCGGAAGUAAUGUUAUUAAUGUACAGCAAAACUUUCGCCAGCAACCGGCGCAGCAACAGCAGCAGCAGCAAACCUACACAAUCGAGGCACCGCCGCAGCAAGUCGCAACGCAGAUUGUCCCGCAACAACAGCAACAGCAGCAGCAGCAAACACAACAACACAUUCAUCUUCAGCAGUUGGCCACCGGCAGCAAUUCCUCCACAACAACUCAUCAAGUUAGCCUGAGCAAUGGUUCCCUGGUCCUUGUGCAACAGCAGCAGCCGCAGCAGCAGUCGCAACAACUGGCCCAGGCCCUGCAACACUCGGGCAUAACCAUUCAGCCCGCCACCAUUCAGCAGCAGCAGGUGAAGGGCACAUCGGUGGUGGGGGCCAAUUCGGCGUUGCGUGCUCAGCUGAACUCUAAUGUGCCAAUUCUGCAAACGCAACUGAAAGUUCAGCAGCAACAAAUAAUGCAGAAGCAACAUCAACAGCAACAACAGCAAACUGCCACUAGUAACAACAACAACAAUAAUAACAAUAUGAACAACAAUACGGCCAUACAUCCGAAUCCCGCAAUAAACGCCAUAGUCAACAGCAUUAUGAACUCUGCCAACCAGUACCAACAGCAGCAGCAGCAGCAACAGCAACAGCAGCAGCAACAGCAGCAUCAACAACAUCAACAACAAACUGGGAACACGCCAAGUAACAACAAUGUUGCAGUGCCCGGCGGCAGCAACAACAACAAUGGGGGCAACACCAACGCCACAACACUCAAAAACUCCAGCAACGCAUCAAUUCUAAACCUGCUCAACAGUGCUCCCGCUGCCAUGACCAGCACACCAGUGGCCAGCGGAACGUUUACCACCUCGACUGGUCAGCAACAACCACAGACGCUGACGCUAGUGCAGCACCAGCAACAGUCCACCCCGGCCACUGCGGAUGCGGCCACAGCUACCUAUGUGCAGACCACCCGUGGCACGCCCACGCUGGUGAGUACCCAGCGGAAGCAGCAGUCCAGUGAGGUGCUGCAAAACUUGCUAAACGCCAAUCGCAAGAUCGGCGGUGGAGGUACCACCACGACAACGUUUCGAACAAACUCCGCGGGCAAUUUGAUAGCCGUGAACCUCAACCAAGCGGGCCAGGCGCACCACCAACAGGUGGGAGACGGUAGCCAAACGGUGAGGGUGUCCAUGUCGGCACUCGCCUCGCAGUUGGCCUCGCCGCCGGCGGUGAUGACGAACCCCACCACCAGUUACACAGUGAUCUCGUCGGGCAACAGUGCUGCGGCUGCAGCAGCCUGGAUCCAGAGUCCAACGGGACUGAGUCAGCAAAAGCAACAACAAGUGCAGCAGCGCAUUCUGAGCUCGCUGAGGAGGGACAGCACCACGGCACCGCCGAACGCGAUUGUGGUGGGCAUGGCGGCUCCAUCUCCCGGCAGUGAUUCGAACGCCUCGAAUGCCAGUGGCUUUGCGGUGCCCAACAAUCUGGCGUCCACCUCGAGUGGCGGCGGCGGCGGUGGAGGAGCCCUUUCCGCCCUGCUGACCAACGCGGCCACGCCCUCGCCAUCGGGCUCGGACCAUUCGCAGUCGUCGCAGACGCACCAGAACCAAGCUCUGCUGGAGCGCCUCAGCAAUGUGACCUCCAACGUGUCCGCCGUUUCCAUGCCGCACAUGUCGCCGCAGCAGCCGCCGCCAACGCAGCAGUUCAUUACCAAAACCAUCGUUCACUCGCCCGCCACCUCCUCGAUACACUCGCCCAUGUCUAGUCCGCAUCCGCAGCCGUCUGCCUCGCCCCAGCAGCAACAGCAGCAACAGCAGCAGCAGCAGCAACAACAGACCACCGCCACCCUCAAUCUGCAGGGCAUCAAUCUGUCGCAGCUGCAGGGCGCCAUGGCCAACUUUGCCGGCCUGCAGAAUGUGCAGGUGCAGAUACCCGGAUUCACGCAGCCCAUUUCGCUGCAGUUCUCCGGCAACAGUUUGCAGCAGCAGCAGGCGGGGAAUGCGGCGACGGGAGCGGGCACGGCACAGGGCCAGCAGCGGAGUGUGCUGGUCUCGGUGCCGGUCUCCAGCCAGCAACAGCAACUGCCACACACCAUAACGCUGCAGACGCAGUCGGGGCCGCAUCACCAUCAACAGCAGCAUCAGCAGGCACAGCAGCAACAUGCUCCGCCAACGGGCACCAUUGUGAGCCUGCCCCCGACGGGAGCCGGCAACCAGACGGUGGUCAUCACGAACAACGCCGGCGGAGGAGUCUCGGCGGGUGGCAGCAGUGGUGGCAAUGCGGGAGGAGGUGGUGGAGCAGGCGCCACCACGACCAUGCUGACCCUACCCAUUGCUCAAAUAGUCGGUGCCGGUGUACAGAAACUAAAUCCUCAAACAAUACGUACCUCAAGUGUUGGUGGUGGUCUAGGUAUCGCCCAGCAGACAGUCCAGCAGCAGCAACAGCAGACGCUCCAGGCGCAAUCGGGCGGCGGCGGCGGCAGCACGGCGGCCAUCCAGCUGUUGGGCACCAUCCAGCCGCGCUCCCGCAACGUCCAGGUGGUGGGCACCAAGCAAUUGGCCAGCCGGCAGCUCAUCGCCACCCAGCGGCAAAUAGGUGGCUCCACGCUCAAGAUAGCCACCGCUCCUGUGAACGCCGCAAAUGUGGUGACCAGCAGCGCGAGCUUAAACUCUGCUCCCAUUGUGAUGUCUGGCCAGAAGCUGCAACUAAAAACGGUGAAGGCUCCCGUGCAGCAGCAGCAGCAGCAACAGCAGCUGCAGCAACAACACCGAAUACUCAACCAGCAGAGCACCGCCACGGUCUCGUCGCAGACACUGCCCAGUCCAAGCCAAGUGCAGGUUCAAGUGCCGCAGCAGCAGCAACAGCUGCAACACAUUCAGAUCGCCGGUCGGGCCACCACCGCCUCGGGGGCCAUCAGUCAACGGACACUGACGGCCCUGGCGGCGGCCAAGCAGCAGCAACAGCAGCAGCAGCAACAACAGCAGCAGCAACAACAGGCUGCGGUCAAUCGAAGGCGCUCCACCACCGAUGCAACCAAGUAGAGCAUUAUGUGGAUGUGCUGGCAACCAGAGGACUGAGAGAUGAAGCAUUAGAGCGAACAAUUAACAGGCUACGCGUUGUGUAUUGCUUGAUAUUAUAGUUUAUGGUUACCUCCUAACUAUCAUUACUAUCGUACAUUGUAUACCCAUAUAACUAUAUAUGUUUUGGUGUGUAAUCGUAAGUGUGAAUUGCAUGGGCAACGGCAGCUCAUAGUUGUGCAACCUAGUUAGGAGCUGGAGCCUGGACACGCUUGUGUUAAUUGUGUCACCCCGCCCCCCGUUGGCAGAAACGAAUUAGGUGUAGAGGUCUUAAUAAUAUUUAUCUAGUUGUAUAUACGCAUAUAUAUAUAUUACACAUAUAUAUAUAUGGAAAUUGUUUCAAUAUGUCCUGCGCCCGAUCGCCAUUUAAACUACACAAGAGAACACCUAUCAGUUUGGCUCCCAACUCCAAUUCGUUAUGUCCUAAGACUAGCUCUUUAAGCGUGCUAAUUUUAAGCUGUAAAUCAGGGGAGUUGCCGAAAACAAAAGGAAAGCAAUAAUAUGAGGAGGAAAAAUCAAGAGAACACGUAAAUUAAUUGUAAAGAAAUUCUAAUUAUUACGAUUACGGUUACGAUUACGUUUAGCUACGAGAGCAUGUGAACCGAAGUAGGGGUUCGUUUUAGCAAUUACAAAUAUUCAUAUUGUACUAUUAAAAUUAUUAUUGCUAAUUAUUUAAUCGAUUGCUUAGCUUAAGUUCACAAAAGAAGAGAAAACACACAUUUUAGUUUGUAAUGUACAAUUCGUAGCCUCAACCAAUUUAGUACUUCCAAUUGCAGAAUUAUUAAAAACGAAAAGCAAAACAAAAUACACAAGAAGUCAACACUUAUUUAAACAAUUUAUUUGUAAUAGCGCAAUGUACAAUGAAACUAGAGGCAGGAGCAGCUGAAAGAAUGUGUGUGAAGGAAGUUGCAAGUGCGAGUGCGAGUGCGAGUCGAGUAAUGUGUAAAAAGUAACGCUUUGACUAAACAAAUUUGUUUCUCAACUAAGCCAGUUUUUUGUAGAUGGAAAUUAUUUAUUUAAGUAACGAUUUUAUUUAUGUUACUACUCUGCUGUAAUUGUUUAGCAUUGUUUGAUUCAGCUGUACAACACUAAAACCUAAACCUCUUCAUAAAGCUGCAAGAAAACAAAACACAAAUUAACCUCACCUUAACACCAUUACAACCCGUAUUCCCUGCCGUACCCAACACACUCAAGCAUAAAUUACUCAAUGUUAAUAUUAAAUAAUAAAUGUGAUUUAAGAAGAAUAAACGAAAAAGAAACAUGGUACUACGUAAA